AUGGAGAUAGAGGUGGUGAAGAUUGAAGCAAGGAGAAAACAGGAGGAAGAGCCAGCGGAGGUGACGAAAUUCGUGGAGGAUGGUUGUAUUGAAAACCACCUGCAUAAUGGUAGUCAUAGUGGUGGUAGAGGUUAUGGUGAAGUUUACCUGGUGUGGGAAGAUCUCACGGUUGUACUUCCAAAUAGUAGCACAAAGAGCAAUGAGAAACCAACAAAGAGGAUAUUGAAUGGAGUGACAGGUUUUGCUCAACCGUCAAGGAUCAUGGCAAUCAUGGGUCCUUCUGGUUCUGGCAAAUCCACCCUUCUUGAUUCUUUAGUAGGGAGACUGGCCAAAAACGUUAUCAUGACAGGAAAUGUUCUUCUGAAUGGAAAGAAAAAGAGAUUGGACUAUGGUGUCAUUGCUUAUGUGACCCAAGAGGACAUACUAUUUGGAACACUGACAGUGAAAGAAACUCUCACAUACUCAGCAAAACUAAGGCUACCAGAAACCCUAAAGAAACACCAAGUUGAUGCAAUUAUUAAUGAGGCGAUUAUGGAAAUGGGUCUUCAAGAUUGUGCUGAAAAUGUUAUUGGCAAUUGGCAUUCGAGAGGAAUAAGUGGUGGUGAAAAGAAGAGACUUUGCAUUGCACUUGAAAUCCUCGCUAAGCCAACCCUCUUGUUUCUUGAUGAACCCACAAGUGGUCUCGAUAGUGCCGCCGCCUUCUUUGUUAUUCAGGCGCUCAGAACCAUGGCUCGAGAUGCUAACCGAACCAUAGUCUCUUCGAUCCAUCAGCCGAGUAGCGAAGUUUUUGCACUUUUUGAUGACUUGUUUCUGUUAUCAGGUGGUGAAACAGUCUUUUUUGGCGAAGCGAAAAUGGCGUUAAAGUUCUUUUCUGAUGCCGGAAUACCAUGUCCGAGUAGACGAAAUCCUUCAGAUCACUUUCUUCGAUGCAUAAAUUCGGACUUCGAUAGGGUGAAUGCCGCAUUGCAAGGUUCGCAGAGGUUUCAGGACAAGAGAACCAUCUCCACCAGUCAUGCAUUGUAUUCAACAACAGCAGAGAUAAAAGCAAUGCUUGUUCAUAAGUACAGGUGCUCAGAGUAUGCAACAGCUGCAAGAACAAGAAUUCGAGGAAUCUCAUCCAGUAUUGAAGGGAUUACGAUUGAAACACAAUGUGGGAGUCGAGCAAGUUGGUGGAAGCAACUUACAACAUUGACUAAAAGAUCUUUCGUUAACAUGUCUAGAGAUGUCGGAUACUAUUGGUUGCGAAUAGUGGUAUACCUUGUUGUUUCACUCUGUGUUGGUAUUGUGUUUUUCAACAUCGGUACGAGCUACCGUGCCACGUUCGCCCGUGGAGCUUGUGGUGGAUUCAUCUCAGGUUUUAUGAUUUUCAUGUCCAUUGGAGGCUUCCCUUCAUUCAUCGAAGAAAUGAAGAUCUUCCAUAGAGAAAGGCUUAAUGGACACUAUGGAGUAGGCGUGUUUAUAAUUUCAAACUUCAUAUCUUCCUUCCCCUUCUUGACGAUGAUGUCGUUCGUUACUGCAAUCGUAACGUAUAACAUGGUGAAAUUCCAAUCGGGUUUCUCCCGUAUUUUGUAUGCCUGUCUUGAUCUUCUAUUCUCCAUUGCGGUCGUAGAAAGCUGCAUGAUGGUUGUUGCUUCACUUGUUCCCAACUUCAUGAUGGGGAUCAUCGUUGGUGCAGGCUUCAUUGGUAUUAUGAUGAUGACUGCCGGGUUCUUCCGUCUGCUUCCUGAUCUUCCGAAGCUAUUUUGGCGAUAUCCAGUUUCCUACAUCAAUUCUAUGUCAUGGGCAUUACAGGGAGCUUACAAGAACGACAUGAUUGGGAUGGUGUUUGAUGGUCCAUAUGAAGGGGGGGAGCCAAAAGUUGCUGGUGAAUUCAUCCUAACCACCAUGCUUGGGAUUUCACUUCAACACUCCAAGUGGUGGGAUUUGGGAGUGGUUGUUGCCAUUCUCAUCUGUUACAGAUUGCUCUUCUUUGCCAUACUCAAGUUCAAAGAAAGAGCCACGCCAUUGUUUCGCAAAUUGUAUGCCCUGCAACAUCUCAACAACAGACCAUCUUUCAGGAAGACAUCAUCUUUUCCUUCAAAGAGACACCAACCUGUUUGUUCGCUAUCUUCUCAAGAGGGUCUCAAUUCUCCACUUCAUUAG